UAUAUUUUAUGGAAAAAUACAAUGCUGCCUUGUUGACAACAUCACCGAGCCGCGCAGAUUACUCUUCGAUUUGACACCGCGCUCCUCCCUCAGUGCUUUUGCCGUCACAUCACGGGCCUUCUAGACCGGUGCCGCGCGGCUUUGCAUAAUCGAAUCCGCCCAAUGUCAACGAUAUCAUGCUCUCUGGUGCUGCAAAAAAACAUGAAAAUCAGUUGGACUUUAUGAAGGAUCUCCAUUGAUUGGCUUACUUAUUUUUCUCAUGAAAGUACUUUGUUUGGACUACUAGGCGACUGCCUCGUCAAACACGAGAUAGACUGAGGCACCUUAGCAGGGUUGGAUCUCCCGGUUGUUGACAGCAGCAGAGAAAGUCGAUAUUUUGUCGCAGCUGCAGAGAAUGUGAAGCUGUUGCCAUGUCAAUAUCCUCUCUAGAAGAGUUCUCUACGGAACCGUUCCUCCCUGGAACAUUCUCACCCUACACAGAACCCCACUCUGAGGAAUUCCUCAUCGCCAUGGGCGACAACAAUGUCACAGGGCCAAAAUGCACCUAUGACGAGGAUUUUAAGCGCUUCCUACUUCCUGCCAUCUACAGUGUGGUCUUCCUGAUUGGUCUGCCUCUGAACGGGGCAGUCAUCCUGAAGAACUGGAGGUUACGACCCAACCUGACCCGGAGCAACAUCUACAUGCUCAACCUGGCCAUGGCUGACUUCCUGUAUGUGAUGUCACUACCUCUGCUCAUCUACAACUACGCCAAUCAUGACUACUGGCCCUUUGGAGAGCUGGCCUGCAAACUGGUCCGCUUUCAGUUCUACAGUAACCUGCAUGGCAGUAUUCUGUUCCUGACCUGUAUCAGCCUUCAGCGCUACGUGGGCAUCUGCCACCCUAUGGCUGGCUGGCACAAGCAGGGGGGUCGCAGGCUGGCAUGGGUGGUCUGUGGGGGUGUGUGGCUGGUGGUCGCCCUCCUCUGUGCCCCCACUUUCUACUACGCCUCCACAGGAACACAACGCAACCGCACCGUCUGUUACGACCUGAGUCGACCGGAGCACUCGACCGACUACUACCCAUAUGGGAUGGCCCUGACCUGCCUGGGCUUCCUGUUGCCUUUUAUGGGCGUGGUGGUGUGCUACUGUCGAAUGGGUCGCCUCCUCUGCCGCCCACCGUCCUAUCAGGGUGUUAAAAUGGCCGCCUCAAUGGAGAAACGGGACAAGGCGGUGAAGAUGAUAAUCAUCGUGGUGACGGUGUUCGCUGUUAGCUUCCUGCCGUUCCACCUUACUAAGACCAUGUAUCUGUUGAUACGAACUUUACCAGGUGCUCCGUGUGCGACACGGAACCUGUUCUCAGUGAUCUACAAGUGCACCAGGCCGUUCGCCAGCAUGAACAGUGUUCUAGAUCCUAUACUGUUCUACUUCACACAGCCACGGUUCCGCAGGAGCACCAGAAUACUGGUCACCAAGAUCACCACUCUCAGAGACAGGGAACCAAGAUGUGAGAAAGUGAAAAACCUCACCUAUAACCCUAGAUUAUUUAGAACCAAUGUUUAACUAGAAGCUCAUUCAAGGGUAAACUCACAAAAUAACCGCGGUGUGUGUGAAACACCCAUAGUCCACGAUUGUAUUGAUACCAUGGGUUCUGGGUUCCUAGAACCCAUCCAGAACCCUCAUUGACUUCUGCUCUGCCAGCAUGGCAACAAGCCAGUGUGUUUGCUACUAUGUUUGCUUGUGACUGUAUGCUAAAAUGCAUGAAGUAGUCAGCCAUAGAACUGCGUUUGGUUGCCAUAGUAUUAUGUAAUGUAUCCUGUAUGUCCGCGCACACCGCUGGUUGUUUUCUAUAUGAGCCACUAGGUGGCAUGUAUUACCCACAUAUCCCAUGGCCUUAAAGGGAUAAUCCGCCCCAAACCACUAAUUCCUAUGAUUAACAGUGUUAAACAGUGUUAAAUAACACUAAUUUAUGAAAACAAAUGUUUAAUUUUGUCGUUAUAACACGGUUGGUAGCAACAUGAAAAUCGUUGUGGAAAUCUUUUGCAGCUCAAAUCGAAUACAAAACAUGCAAUGCUCUCUUUCUGGGCUGGCUAGCUAGCUAGGUAGCUAGCUAGCGAACGUAGCUACACACAAUAAUACCAAAGACAAUAUCAGCAUGUAAAGUAGCUAGUUAGCUGUAAAAUCACCUAAACAAAUUGCACUAUCAAUUUAGGAGAAUAUCUCACCGAGUUCAGUUUGCAGUUCCUCUCUGCCCAGAGCGUGUACAGAAUACGUUGCUAUGGCAACAGUGACCCUUUCCCACGUUUCCCACAGACACACAGGGUGCAUUGCGAGAUGGUACUUGAAGGAGAAAACUGAGUUGAAUAAUUUGGUACAGUGUUUAGAUUGAGCACAACUAAGCGAAAUGUAUACUUUGCCAUGACGAUAUUUAAGUGAUAAUGCCCUCGAAGCCGGUGUUUGGAGGAUAUAUUGGCACGGGUGUUGUCGAGGGCUGGCAAACCGUGCUAAUAUAUCCUCCAAACACCGGCUUCGAGGGCAUUUUCACUUUUAUACAUUUGAGUCAUUUA